CUCUCUCUCACACACACACACACAAUACGCACAUGUAUCGGUGAGUGUUGUUGAUCUUACAACCAAACUACUACUAUGUUUGCUUCGUACUCACUCUUUGUCCCUCUCCCAACAUUUGAGAAAUUAGCCUCUGCAAACUAAAAUUGACUACCCAUUCCUCGCAAAAACCAAGAACAGCCCUUUUCUGCUUGUCGUCUUCUGUUACGUCAGAAUAAUGGUCUUUUUAACGCUCUGUUUUUUAAGGCCAUUUUGUGGCAUCCUCAACCUUAUUUUGCACUCUUACUUUUAGUUCUGCUGCCAAAAAAGAAAAAAACCGUAAAGGGUGUCUCAAUUUGAAGUGGCUGACUUUUUUUAAAAAAAAAAAUUGUUGUUUGAUUUGGGCGAUGAAGGUCAGUGUUCUUGAUCUUGAGGUGGAUGUCAAUGGAGAAGAGGUUUUCGCGGUGGAUAAGAAAGUAAUCUCUUCCUAUUCGGAAAAAAUUAAAAAAAUUGUCAUGAAGUCAAAAGGUCCAACGGUACGGCUAAAGGUGAUAUUCAACGACUUCCCAGGCGGCGCAUCGAACUUUGAACUCGUCACAAGGUUUUGCUACAACAAUGGCAAAGUGAACAUAAAUCCCUUAAACAUUUCAAAUCUCACUUGUGCCGCUCAUUACAUGGAGAUGAACAAUUCACCAUUCGGAACCGAAAAUCUAUGCAAGCAAACAGAAAAAGCUCUAGAAGAAGUUCGUUACUGGUCUUGGCAUGAGCUUCUUAUAGCUUUAAAGCAAAUUCAAGAAAAUCUACUUCCUAUAGCUAGUUCAUUGGGCAUAAUCGACAAAUUAUUGUAUUCUCUCGUAGGACGAGUCGUUUCAUCUUUCCAAACGAGCCCGUGUCCUUCAAUUUCCUCCUCUUCGGAUAGCUUAUCGGUUAACCGUCUAUCGUCAGACACGAGGAGUACCGAGAGCUUAAAGAACGGUAUUUUCAUAACAUGGUGGUUCGAGGAUAUUGCGGCAUUACACACUUAUUUAAUCCAAAUGCUGGUGAAAUUAAUGGUGUCCAAAAAUUUCGAUCACGGUAUUAUUAGUAGAUUUCUAUUUAACUACCAAAAAUCGAGAUUUGCUUCUGCCUCGUCCGUGGACAAGAAAAUCGAAAUCAUUGAAAAAGUUGUUGAGAUGCUCGAUUCUUUGGAUAUGAGGUCUGUACCAUACAAGAGUUUAUUCGGAAUACUUAGACUCGGAUUGAAAAUGAAUUUGGGCAAGUCUUGUAGGGAGAUGUUAGAGAAUAUGAUCGGUUCGCAAUUAGAUCUUGCAACGUUGGAUAAUCUGCUCGUCCCAUGUGCAGCUCGAAAGAGUAUGUGCCUUUAUGAUGUGAAUUUAGUUAUUCGAUUUUUGAAGUCGUUUACUAGCCGUGGAGCUUGUUGUGUGCCUUUGAGCCGGCUGAAAAAAGUUGCGGGCUUGAUGGAUUUGUAUUUAAGUGAAGUUGCUCCGGACCCACACCUGAAGCCGUUGAAGUUCUUGGCUCUAAUUCGGGCUUUACCUGAUUCGGCACGAGACACUUGUGAUGGAGUUUACCAUGCAGUAAACUUAUAUUUUGAGGUUCACACCAGCUUGUCCGAAGAACAAAAGAUGAAAGUCUGUCUUGGAAUAAAUUACGAGAAGCUAUCUCCCGAAGCACUUAACCACCUUGCACAUAAUUCAAUUUUCCCUCCAAAAUCCGCCGUUCAAGCCCUCGUUUCUCAACAGCGCAAGCUCAAGAGCUUGCUCCAGAAAAACACGAAUCAAGUCACAUUUGCCGAUUUUUCUCCUAAUACAGAUUUUGAGAUGACUUACAAGGAAAAAGAAGACGAUGGAUCAAAGCAGAUUGUACUUUAUGCGAAAAGGCUUAGUAUUUGUGACGAAAAUGAGAAGCUCAAAGCACAUCUGCAGGGCAUGCAGUUUAGGGUGGUGGAAUUGGAAAAUCUUUGCAGGAAAAUGCAAAACCGCAUGAUGAAGAUGAUGAGAUCAAGAGUGCCGAGCGAAAGUAGUGUGAAAUCUGUGCCUAAGAUUUGUUCAUAGGGAUGAAUAGAAGGUUUAUAAUUUAGUUUUUGUAAUAAGACAAAAAGGUUUUGGUUGCAGAUCCCAAGUUUAUUGCAUAUUAUGUUAGAAUUUGUACAUAGCAUGAAAAAUUUGUNGUGUGU